AACAUUCAGCUACAUUUAUAUAUUUUGCCACAUAUGCAAGUUUUGUUUAAAUAAGUGCAGUUUAUAUCUUGUUUAGAACUUUAUGUUGGUUUAAUAUUAAUGUUUGUUAAAGGCAGCAAUAUUUAGGUUUCUGUGUUAAUAGGUAAGCAUGUUACUGUCGCUUUAAGAGACAUAGGUUGUACCACUCAGGCUCAAGGACCGACCGAGCCACAAAGGUUUUCUUAGUUUGAUAGAAGCCUCGACUCACAGUGAAAGUAAACUUCAGUGGAGCCGUGACUGACUGAACCGUCUGUCUGCUGUUCACAGCUUCACUCAGAGACUAAAUGGCUUCCAGAUCAGAGGAGGAUCUCUGCUGUCCAGUCUAAGAUGUCUUCAGAGAUCCUGUUCUUCUGUCAUGUGGCCACAGCUUCUGUAAAGACUGUGUGAAGAGAUGGUGGAGAGAGAGACCACAACAAGAGUGUCCAGUUUGUGAGAGAAGGUCUUCAAGAGAAGAACCACCUUGUAACCUGGUGUUGAAGAACCUGUGUGAGGACUUCUUACAGGAGAGAGGUCAGAGGUCUUCACAGGCUCUCUGCAGUCUGCACUCUGAGAAACUCUCCCUCUUCUGUCUGGACCAUCAGCAGCUGGUGUGUCUCGUCUGCAGAGAUUCAGAAAAACACACCGACCACAGGUUCAGACCCAUCGAUGAAGCUGCUCGACAACACAAGAAGGAGCUUCAGGAAACUCUGGAGCCCUUAAAUGAGAAGUUAAAGGUUUCUGAACUUGUUAAAGAGAAGUUUGACCAAACAGCAGAACACAUUAAGGUCCAGGCCCGACGCACAGAGAAGCAGAUUCAGGAGCAGUUUAAGAAGCUUCACCAGUUUCUACAAGAGGAAGAGGAGGCCAGGAUGACUGCACUGAGGGAGGAAGAGGAGCAGAAUAGUCAGGUGAUGAAGGAGAAGAUGGAGGCUCUGAGCAGAGAGACAGCAUCUCUUUCAGACACAGUCAGAGUCACAGAGGACGAGCUGAGAGCCGAAGACGUCUCGUUCCUGCUCAACUUCAAGGCUGCAGUGGAGAGAGUCCAGCAGCGCCCCCUGCUGGAGGAUCCACAGAUGCCCUCAGGAGCUCUGAUAGACGAGGCCAAACACCUGGGCAACCUGACCUUCAACAUCUGGAACAAGAUGAAGGACAUGGUCUCCUACAGUCCUGUGGUUCUGGACCCAAACACUGCUCAUCCAGGACUCAUCCUGUCUGAAGACCUGACCAGUGUGAGUCUGGGAGACGAACAGAAGCAUCCUGACAAUCCAGAGAGGUUUGAUCGUUACUGGUCGGUCCUGGGCUCUGAGGGUUUCAACUCAGGGACUCACAGCUGGGACGUCCAGGUCGGAGACAACACAUUCUGGAUACUGGGUGUGUUAGCAGAGUCUGUCCAGAGGAAGGGAGACAUUCAGAGACAGUCUGGAUUAUGGAGAAUAUGGUUCUAUAAAGGUAAAUACUUUGCACGGUCACCAUCAGAUCCAGACUCUGUUCUCACAGCAAAAGGAGAUCCAGAGGAUCAGAGUGAAUCUGGACUGGAACAAAGGAAAACUGUUGUUCUCUGAUCCUGAUACUAACACACACAUACACACCUUCACACACACUUUCACUGAGAAGAUGUUUCCAUACAUUAACACUGGGGGUCACAUGAAGCUGUUACCACAGAA